UAGUGGUGGCGCAUAGAAGCUUCCGUACUUCAUAAAUUAGGGCGUAUAGGCGCUCCGUACUCUAUUCUUCUUGUUGUAGAUAUUGUAGGUACAAAUUCUUCCAUGUUUUGUUCUGCAGGGUAGAAAUUUUUGAUAGGUUUAUCAAAGAAUUAUUUACCAAUUUGUAAAUAGCAUCUUUUAAUGAUGAUCUUUUUGAUCUAAUGAGUUAACAUUAGAUAAAAAUAUUUACUAAUUUAAAAGUUUUGUAUUUGAAAUGUUUACCAUAUUGAUUUAACAGAAAAUACUGAAAGUAUAUUAAAACUUAAAUUCACAGAUUGGAAAGAAGCAUGCCAUAAACAGAUACCCACUGAUUGGUAUGGAACGAAGUAUUCAUGAAAUGUUAAAAGACGCGCCUUCCCUUAAUGAAAGUGCCAGUGCAAUUCACAGUGGCACUCCUCCCCCACAUAUUCCAAAAAAUUGCAUAAGUGAUGCACAGCAAAGACCAGCCACAAUGAAUUUAACACUUGGGAGUCCAACUUCGAAGUCUUUGCCUUUAUCACCGAGUUCGCCUCUUCAAAAUGGAGACACGCAAACUAUGAGAUCAGCUCAUAGCAAAAUUGAAAGUAUCAGAAAUUGGAGUAUUUCAACAUAUAAGUGUACUAAACAACUGAUGUAUGAAAAACUUGGAAAAACUUCUCGUACUGUCGAUUCAGAGUUGGAAUCUCAAAUAGACUUACUGAGAGAAACUCAACGUAAAUAUUGCAAUAUUUUACGAUUAUCUAGAACCUUGUCAUCUCAUUUUUAUAGUGUUGUUCAAACGCAGCACGCACUUGGAGAAGCAUUUUCUGAACUAGCUCAGAAGUCACCAGAACUACAAGAAGAAUUUUUAUAUAAUUCAGAAACACAAAGAAAUUUAACUAAAAAUGGUGAAACUCUUCUUGGUGCCUUAACUUUUUUUAUUUCAUCUGUAAACACUUUGUGCAAUAAAACAAUUGAAGACACUUUAUUGACUGUAAAACAGUAUGAAACAGCAAGAGUAGAAUAUGAUGCAUACAGGACCGAUCUUGAAGUAUUGUCUCAAGCUGCGAAAAUAGAUAGUAGUAAUGUAAUACGAUUAGAAGAAGCACAAACAAAUUAUGAACAACAUAAACAACAUUUUGAGAAAUUACGCUCAGAUGUAUCCAUUAAGCUAAAAUUUUUAGAUGAAAAUAGAAUUAAGGUGAUGCACAAGCAGUUACUUUUAUUCCACAAUGCAGUUUCGGCCUACUUUUCAGGAAACCAGUCGGCAUUGGAAGCAACUCUGAAACAAUUUAAUAUAAAAGUAAAGUCACCAAACACAUCUUUUCCAUCUUGGUUAGAGCAAUAGUUUUUUAAGUGAAAUAUUUAUUAAUAAUUUAUUAUACUUUUUAAAUAUUAAUUUGAUAAUGUAAAUGUUUAAUUUUAAAUGACAAGCACCUCGAAUUAGUGUUGAAGUUGUAUUUAAUACAAAUAUAAACGUUUCGUGCGAUUCGACAUUAAUUUCCGUUAUGUACAUGAGCAGAUGCCUCAAAAAUGUAAUUGCACCUAAUUGGACGUACGCUGAAACCUUUGUGUCAUCUUGAAAGAAUAGAAAGACAUAUUUUAAAAUAUUAAUUUUUUCUUAAAGAUUAAAAACUCUUAAUACUAUUUUUUGAUAAGUCAAAAAAUUAACUAUGCUGUUGAAGAAAAGUCUAAAAAUUAGAGUAUCUGAGUUAUUGCAGUACAAGAAACAAUGUAAUUGCGAAAAUGAAUUGUAUGAGUAAAAAAGUGCAUACCACAAUGUAAGUUAUCUUCAGUAAGCUAAUAUGAAUAUGAGUUCUAUCUCGCAGUAAGUAUGUUAAUCACAAUUCCGGAACAAAAAUUUCAAAGUUGUAUAAAUUUUUAAUUUCAUUAAAAGCUAUCCUACUAAUCAUUCCUUGAUUAAGAUUGCAACUGUUUUUCAUUUUUUUUUAGUUUGAAAGAAGUAAAGGUACUUCAUUUAAAUUUUCUUACUCAACUUUUGACCAAACCGUUGCAUUGUGAAACAUAGUUAAGUAGACUUUCUUCAAGUGAUAGGUUCAGUUGCAUCAUAAAUAGAUUAUACUCUUUAAAAGAUAAAGAAAUGUGUUAGGUAAACCAAGCAGUAGUGGGACACUUUUCAAUUGGAACAACAAAACCAUAUGAGGUAGAAACAAUUUGUUUGUUAUUAAACAUUUUUAAUAUCAUCAUAAAAAACUUAAGCUUUUUUAAGAAAAGAAAAUAGUUAUUUAUGAUACAAGUGCGUAAAGUGAGUGAUUAUACGAGUGUGAUGCAAAUCACACGAGUAUAAUCAGAUUUACGCACGUGUAUCAUACAACAUUUUUUGCAACACCCACCUCUAAAGUUAAGUACUUAUUAUGAAGAAUUCCAACUCUCUAUUAGAAUAAUUUCGAUUGUAUAGAAUUAAAAAAAUCAAUCGAAGAUCAGUAAAAAUAUCAUUAAGUAGAAGUGUAUAAAUUUAAAAGUAAAGUUCGUUUUUUAAUUUUGUGGUUUUGUAUGGUCUAAAACAAUCCUUAUAUUAUGUGAGAUAAAUUUCGGUGCGUAAAGUAAAUUUCAGUGCGUAAAGUAAUAUUUCAGUGCGUAAAGUAAUAUUUCAGUGCGUAAAGUAAAUUUCAGUGCGUAAAGUGAAUCACUUUAGACACCGUUUGAAAAAGAGCUUUUUUACACACACUUUUCAAUGUGUAAAAUUUAACUUUAGAGGUUAGUGUUGCAAAAAACAUUUUUUCUAUGGUUUUUGAAGGUGGACGAUUACUAUCUGUUUUGGGUUACUGACUACUGUCUUUUUUACUUGUUUUUCCGCAUUUUUUUUAUUAAAUAAAAAAAUUUGUUUUUGCAAAUAUAAUUGGUUUAGUAGUUUUGUAAAAUCGUAAGGAACAAUCACAUGUGUAAGAAAUUGAAAAAAAAUCUUAAUUGUAUUUUUAAAACAGUGUUAAUUAAAAAGAUUGCCUUAGGUGGCCGUCUACUGUCUUUUUCUUAUUUUUUUAUGUAUUUAUUUACAAUUUUUUUUGAGUAGUAAGAAAUUUUUAUUGUAAACAUGAUUGGUUUAAUAGUUUUGCAUGGAAGAAUUUAAAAAAACUUAAUUGCACUUUUUAAACAGUGUUAAGUGGUUAGUACCACAUCUUCGUUAUUUUUUCAAACAUUUUUUUUAUUAGGGUAAGAGGUUCGGUUGUGGGCACUUUUGAUAAAAAAUAAAUAAAUCUAAUUUGA